UAUUGAUUGUUCGCGCCGCCGCAGGGUAACACUUUUCAUCAGUUUAAGGACCCCCAGGAUGUUGCGUCUGCGUUGUAAGACCAAAAAUGGGAGCCACAUAAUGCAGGGCCUGACCCACCAGUCCAGUGUGCAGGAGCUGAAGAGCAAGGUAGAGGAGCUGACUGGUAUUCCCUGUGAUGUACAGAAGAUCAUGGUUGGCUACCCUCCCUCCAGCUUGGACCUCCGAAACGGAGAUGCUCACCUAAGGGACUACCCUAUCAAAUCAGGAGACACUCUCAUUGUUGAGGAGGAGAAGAACAAGAUGAAGACCCAGACCACAAAUUCAGCUGUAACCAAGGGACCCCGUCGGGAGUUUCCCCCGGUGCUGGCCAGACGGGUUGUUCCAGCAGACAACUCCUGCCUGUUCACCAGUGUCUCCUACGUGGUAGAGGGAGGGGUAUACGACCCAGCUUGUGCCCCCGAGAUGCGAGGCCUCAUCACCCAGAUUGUGUCCAGCAACCCCAUGGCUUACUCUGAGGCGGUGUUGGGAAAGACCAACGAGGAGUACUGCACCUGGAUCAGACGUGAUGACACCUGGGGUGGAGCCAUCGAGGUGUCCAUCCUGUCUAAGUUCCACCAAUGUGAGAUCUGUGUAGUGGACACGCAGACUGUGCGUGUGGAUCGAUUUGGUGAGGACGCUGGCUACCACAAACGCGUGCUGCUCAUCUACGACGGCAUCCACUACGACCCACUGCAAAAGGAGACGCCCGGCUCCGACGCUCCACCCCAGACCAUCUUCUCCACCACAGACGACAUCAUCCUGGCCCAGGCCCUGGAGCUGGCGGAUGAGGCGAGAAGGAAGCGGCAGUUUACGGACGUCAACCGCUUUGCCCUGCGCUGCCUGGUGUGUCAGACAGGCCUAGUAGGACAGAAGGAGGCCCGGGAACAUGCCAAGGAGACGGGCCAUGCCAACUUUGGAGAGGUGUGAGUCAGAGCACUUCCUCACAACCACCACAAACCCCCAUAUCUUACAACGCUGUGUGUCUGUAUGAUCCUCUACCUCACUUGAUCCAGCAUCAGACACUGUGUUCAGUCUUACCCGUUCAGUGUUACAACUACAGCUGUCAGCUCACAGGCUACUUUACUGCAAGGUUAUGAGCUCAUGAAAAAUAUUCUGUACAAUUGUUUUGGGGACAUUUUUAGUCUCACCCAAUACACAGUGGGUGAUUGUUCGUUGAAGUGUUGUUGCUCAGCAAUGUAGCAUGUGUUCAGUUUGUCGACACUAAUGGAGCAGAAAGCUUUCUUGACAGAACUGGAGAUACCUGAAAAUGCCUUACUUUGACAGUUGACUUGUGGCAUAAAAGGUUUAGUAUGGCUAGACUCUUCAGUACUACCACAGAAAUCAGAAAUCUUUUUCUGUGGCCAUUGUGGCAUGAUACAUGUUUGAUUUUACACAUCAAUAACAAUAUUCAUUUAAAAUGUUUUGUUUGUAGAUGCAUCACCAGUACUUGAAAAAAGUGAAAACGGCAAAAUAUCAAAUAUAAACCCAGUUACUUGGUAGAAAAGGUGUUCUUUCAUUGUUUUACACUGGCAAUGUCUUUAAUAUUAGAUAAUAGCAGAGUUUAGCUAGAUUCCUUAUAGGUCAAUACAACCCUAAAUUCUUCAAUGGUGCUGUGACAAGCUUAUUUUCCAAAUGUAGGCUAUUGCUGAAUUAGUUAUUUUAUACAGUGUGAGGUGUCUGCAUCUUGGUGUGAAACAUAAAUAUUUAAUGCAAUUAUUAUUAUGCCUUGGCAUUACCUAUAGUGAGAUUGGUUUUUCUUUAUUUUUUUGUGUAUUUUAUAUGGUGUAAUUCUUUUUAAUGAACAUAACAUUUGAAUUGUUGUAUUUUGGAGCUUUUAAUCUUGAAAUUGAUAGAUGAAUAGACUUUAUGAUGUAUAAUGUAAAUCUAAGUGAUGAAUCCUCUUACAUUUGCAGUUCAGGUACUGUCUACACAAUGUGCUUUGCAUCUCAACAUUCACUUCAUGAUCGUGUUUUUUGUUUUUACCCCCCAUUACCCUCACUCAUAUUGUUGGACUAUUGUGAGGACCACCAAGUGUUGUCAUGUUGAACUAUGUACAGUGCCUUGCGAAAGUAUUCGGCCCCCUUGAACUUUGCGACCUUUUGCCACAUUUCAGGCUUCAAACAUAAAGAUAUAAAACUGUAUUUUUUUGUGAAGA